UUGAAAAUCAGCAGCUGCUGCAAACAGCAGAGGCGCAGGCAAAGUAGAAUAUCAAAGCGUUCACACGGACAAGACAACCCGACAGUCCGGGGUUGUGGAUCAUUCUGGGGCUGAAACCGGCUGAUAUGCAGUCAUUUCUGCCCGUUCCGUGAACCAGACGAGUGGUUUUGGUUUUGUGUGGAAGGCGCUUUCUCCCAUGUAUUUUGGAUGAUCUCCCACAGCCAGGUCCACGUAUUGAGAUGAUCUAUUUUUGUGAUGGCGAAGGGUCUGUUUCCACGGGCCUGGGUGAAAAAGUCUUUCUAUUUCCAGGCUCGGAUCUCCUUUGUCCGGGUGAAGUACCUGUUCCUUACAUGGCUGACUGUGCUGGUGGGGAGCUGGGUGCUCUAUGUGCAGUACUCCGCCUACACAGAGCUGUGCAGAGGACACGAGUGCAAGAACGCCAUCUGCGAUAAAUACAGGAGGGGAAUCAUCGAUGGCUCCGCCUGCAGCAGUCUGUGUGACAAAGAGACACUCUAUAUGGGCAGGUGUCUGUCAGUACUGCCAAACAACCAGGUUUACACAGGAAGCUGGGGAGACUACGAUGGGAUCAUCCGUUGUAAAUUGGGGGAGAUUGUGCACUAUGAGCUGGGGGAGGAGCCGGAGCCUCGGAGAGAGGCAGCUGUGUUCGACAAGCCCACCAGAGGCACAUCAGUGGAGAAGUUCAGAGAAAUGGUCUUUAAUCAUCUCAAGUCCAAGCUUGGAGAGCAGGCCAACCUCGCCAGCCUCGUCAGCCAGAUCUUGUCUGUCGCCGAUGGCAACAGAGAUGGACGGGUGUCACUGCCAGAAGCCCGCUCCACGUGGGCCCUCCUGCAGAUGGACGAGGUGCUGCUGGGCCUGCUGCUCCAGGAUCGUGGACACACUCCUCGCCUCCUCGGCUACUGCGGGGACCUUUACAUGACGGAGCGAGUCCCCUACGGGCCCCUGUACGGUUUGUCUCUACCCUGGCCGCUGGUGUCCUGGGUGCCGAGCAGUGUGCAGCGCACUAUUGAUCAGUGGUUCACCCCAUCUUGGCCUCGCAAAGCCAAGAUCUCCAUGGGUCUGCUGGAGCUGGUGGAGGACAUCUUCCACGGCACCUACGGCAGCUUUCUCAUCUGCGACCUCACCGCAACACACUUUGGUUACACUGACCGCCACGAGCUCCGUCUUACCAACGCCGGAGCAGUUGUUCCUGAAGACGAGUUCAGACGCACCAUGCGAGUACUGAAGUGUGAGACAGACGCUGACUGCGUGUACGGGGUGGACUGCCGGACGUCAUGCGACAUGUCAGAGAAACGGUGCAGGGAGGAGCCGCUCCAGCCAAACUUGGCGAAGGCAUGCGGUGCACUGAAGGACUACCUCCUGCGCGGGGCGCCGUCAGUGAUGAGGGAGGAACUGGAGAGACAGUUGUACUUAUGUAUGGCUCUCAAGGGCAAUGCUGGACAGAUGAACAUGGAGCACUCACUUAUCCUCAACAACCUGAAAGCUCUGCUGUGGAAACAGAUCUCACACACAAAGGACUCGUGACAAGGAGAAGAAAUUCCUCUGAAAUGAUGCCAGUCACUCUCACAUGGAGCUGAGUAUUAACGAUGCUGUGAUUUAGAAGUAGCAAAUUCAUUCAAAGUCAUUUUUAUCAACUCUUAACACUAAUGAAUGAACCGACUGAUGGGGACUACCUCCUCCAUCCCGGUUUCAGAAGUCUGGGGCCUGGAAAACAUGUCAGAGUAUGUUUAAAUACAACACUAAAAAAAUAUAUACUGAAUGAUUGCAUGUUGCCAUCAGUCACACUUAAAACAAUUCAUACAGCCACAUUUUAUUGUAUUGUAUUGUUCUCUACCGCUGAAUGUUUUACUGUUGUUAGUCUCAAGAGCCGAGAGACUAAAUUGCUGUUUUUGCCACAAAAUCAUGCUGAUGUGUGUGUGGACUAACACAGUUCAUCAAAGAAGAGUUUAUUCCCUUGAGGAAAACAAGGAUAGAGUGACUGUUGUACAGAGGCUCCAGUUUGAAGUGUAUUGAAAUUGCACUAUGAUAAGAUAUGCUCCUUAAUUUUAUGUUAAGGUUGCUAAGGUUACCGAUAUUCUACAUUUGUUAUUUGUAACAAAUCCAAUGAAAAGGUGAAAACCAACAGUAUGUUAGUAUUUCAUAUUUUACUUCGCUAGCACUCAGACCCAAGCCCAUCAGCGCUGCCUGCUGAAGAUGUAUUUUAUCUUUUUUACUUUAAAAUCAUACUUCAAUUUAAAAAAAAAAAAAAGAAAAGAAAAGAAAAAAAAAGGUUAAAGAAUGUCGUCAAACAGCUGGGCACUGUAAUUUUUUAGCAACGGUUACUCAAACAGAAGGAAUUUGUGCAUUUGUUAGGGGACUACUUUCAGCUGCGGAUUAAUACACAUUUGGAUCAAUUCAAAAUACAGUUCAUUGUGGUCUGGGAAUGUGUCACCCGGUGCAAAAGAGCAGCUCAUUGAUGUUUGUUUUUAUACAGGAAAGUGUUUAAGCCUUGGCUGCAGGCACAGGCAAACUGAGAUUGUAGGUUUUGGUCUUUUCAGGGGAUUAUUUGAAAAUAAGGAAAUUAUAGAGCAUCACCAGACUUCAACAAAGACAGAUUAGUGACGAAGGAAAAACCAGAAUAAACAAAUUAGUGGAGGAAUUCAACAAUAAUUCCUCUAUGAAGGACUCAGUGCCAAAGAGCACUGAAGCUUUUCUGGAGAUUCAUGGUGGCGUUUCCUUUUAUCUGUCACUCAUCUGUUUGCUGAAAUGGGGCAGUUCAUUAGCUUCAGAUUGGACAAUGUGAUGGUAUUUGUCUGACAGUACGUCACAGUGUUCAUACUGUGCAUCAGCGUACUUGACCAUGCUGCGAGUUUUCCACCUGUAACCCAAGUGACAUCAUCAAUGCUGCAUCAAUGACACGAAGAGAAAAUAUUAAUGUAUUUAAUUUGGUUUGUGAAUGUUCUCUACUAUUUCUCACUGAAGAGUGUUUGUGGUAAUGUACUGCAUCAUGUUAUUUUUGGAUUUCAUCCGUCACAGUGCCACAGAUCAUGCUGAAAUCACUUUGUGAAUGUUUACCACCUGUGAAGGUGGAGAUCCUUUAUCGAGUGUCAUGGUCACAUUUGAAUGCUGUAUAAAAGAAUAUUUUCCAUGAACCCUUCCAGACAUUGCCGAUGUGAAGUAACUGUGACCAAGUUGACAACGUAAACCACUUUGAGACAGACGUGACCUGUACAGCAUGUCAAGCUUGUGGUCAAUGCUGCUGUUAGUUUUAAAAAUGUAAAAAAAAAAAAAGUUUACUUAUUGAAGAAACCAGCAUGAUUUUGCACAAUUAAACUACAUACCACUUCACUGUUACUUGUCAGGUCUGUCAAGAUUUAUAUUGCACAAUAUGGCAAUCCAGUAUCUCACUCAUAUUGUGGAUUAAAGAUUAACACUGUAAAUAUUUGUCAUGGGUAUAACUAGUCACAAGCAAACAAGGCCACGAUGUUCCUUUAAAAACAAAAAAAGAAAAAGAAAAGUACACAGUAUUGACUGAGCCAGACACAA